AUGCCGGAUUAUUCUUCUGUGCAUGCGUCGAUGCGAAUGAUAAUGAACUCGCCUACCUCGAAGCUCUCCAUUUUUUCGUCGAGGUUUUGGACAGUUUUUUUGGUAACGUUUGUGAGCUUGAUUUAG